CUGGGGAUCGCCAAGUCUGAGAUCCCCCCACGAGUCUCAUCCCGCGCACAUCAACGCACAUCUGGCGCAUCAGUAGGGCGAGGCACGAUUGGCUGAGCGAGCGGGCAUGUCAUAGGCGGGAGAGCAGGAGGGCUGCAGCGCGCGCGUCGAGCUGUCAUCCAGUCAACAGCAGCCAGGCCACGGCGGCGCGGCGCGCGGGAACUGACCACGGUGCUGAAACAUGAACCAGACGGCGGGAGCGUCCAACCAGUGCCGGAGGCGCUCCUCCAGCGACAUCAAGGAUCUGGGUGAUGUGGUGGGUCCAGACAGGAACUGGAAGGGGAUUGGUAUCUCUCUAUUGGUGAUAGCAGCUGUGCUGUCUGUGAUCGGGCUCUCCAUUUUCCUUCUGUCUCAAGCUGAGGGCUCUAAAGCUCUGGGAUCCCAUCUGACCUUGGAUGACCUCUUCCUCAAAGAGUUUCAGGUCCAUACCCCUGAGGCACAGUGGAUCAGUGAGGUGGAGAUCAUCUAUAAGAGCAGAGACGGUAACGUGAUGAAAGCAGACCUGCAGACCAAUCAGACUGAGCUCUUAAUGAAAAACAUUACAUUUGCAACAUUUAAGGCUUCCAAGUUUGCAGUGUCACCAGAUCUCAACUAUGUUCUCCUGACAUAUGACAUCAAAAAGAUAUACCGAUAUUCCUUCCUGGCAUCUUACCUGAUCUACAAUUUGCUUACCAGAGAAGUACAUGAGCUGAACCCCCCUGAGGUAUCGGAUUCCGUUCUGCAGUUUGCAUCUUGGGGAGUUCAGGGGCAACAGCUGAUUUACAUUUUUGAAAACAACAUUUAUUACCAGUCAGAUGUAAAGAGCAGCUCUCUCAGAUUGACGUCAUCAGGGCGAGAUGGGCUCGUUUUCAAUGGCAUCCCUGACUGGCUGUAUGAAGAGGAGGUUUUGCACUCAUCAGUAGCUCACUGGUGGUCUCCAGAGGGGUCCAGCCUAGCGUUCCUGACUAUCAAUGACACACUCGUACCAAACAUGCUGCUGCCGCAAUUCACUGGGGCCCUCUACCCCCAAGGAGUACACUACCCUUACCCAAAGUUUGGUCAGGUAAACCCAACAGUGAAGCUGAGUGUUGUUAGUUUAGAUGGUUCAUCGUACACCAAAGAGCUGCUGCCCCCAAGCAGCCUGAAGAAAAGUGAGUACUACAUUAGCAUGGUGAGGUGGGUGACUGAGGAGUAUGUGGCUGUGCGCUGGCUGAACAGAGCUCAGAACACAUCCAUCCUCUCACUGUGCUACAUACACACUGGAGAGUGUGUACGGAAACAUGUCAUGACUUCAGACAAGUGGAUUGACCAGCAGAAUGAAGAGCCUGUGUUCUCCAAAGAUGGAACCACAUUUUUUAUGACAUUACCCAUAAAACACGGCAACAGAGGAUCCUUUCGUCACAUCACCAUGAUGUCAGAGCAGGAACCAGGCUCAGAGGUCAAUAUAAGACACCUGACCUCUGGCAGCUGGGAGGUCACUAAGAUUCUAGCCUAUGACGAGAGCCUGAACACUGUUUAUUACCUCAGCACAGAGGGUGGAGCUUCUCACAGGCACCUGUACAGGGUGAGCACAGUGGAUCCAUUUCAUCGCGAGUGUUUGACAUGUUCUCUGUUCAAACCACACUGCUCCUACUACGAUGCUUCCCUCAGCUCUGAUUCACAAGCAGUACUGCUGCACUGCGCAGGGCCUGAUGUUCCCAAAACUACUGCACAUCAGCUCAACAACAUUACUCGUCAUAUGACUCUAGAUUCUGGUUUGGAGCUCAGAGAAUCUCUCCGAAGGAGAAAGAUCCCAAGCAGAGAGAUCAGAACUUUACUCUACAAUAACCAAGUGCUGCGGCUGGAGCUCAGCUUCCCUCUGGAUUUUGAUGAGAGCAAUCAGCACCCUGUGCUCCUCAUACUUGACAGCACCCCUGGUGGUCAGCAGGUCAGUGAUCGUUUCCGUCUGGACUGGGACUCUGUGCUGGUCAGCUCUGAUAAUGUCAUUGUGGCUCGCCUGGACGGCAGGGGCAGUGGAUUCCAAGGUCAAAAAAAUCUACAGGAAGUCCACAAACGUCUGGGGGUGGUGGAUGUUCAGGACCAACUCGUUGCAUUGGAGUAUCUGCAGAAACAGCCAUAUAUUGAUGGGAGCAGAAUUGGGGUUUUGGGCAAGGCAUAUGGUGGUUUCCUGAGCUCUAUUCUCCUCCUGUCUCAUGGGUCUCUGUUCCGCUGUGGUGUUGCCAUGGCACCUGUGUCUGACUGGAGACUCUAUGGUUCAGCAUUUACAGAGCGCUAUUUUGGAUACCCAGCCAAGAACGAGCAAAAAUACCAGAUCUCCAGUCUGCUGCCAAAUAUCACCGCCUCUGAGCAGGUGAAGUUUCUGAUCCUGCAUGGCACGGCUGACGCCACUGUUCAUUUCCAGCACUCAGCCGAGCUGGUGAAGCAGCUAUCUAUGUAUAACAUAAACUACACACUUCAGAUUUUCCCGGACGAGGGCCAUGACAUCAGCAGCAGACACUACAUGCUGAGCUCACUCAUCACCUUUUUCAGGGAGUGCUUCUAUGACAACACUCCUGUUGUCAUGGAAACCAGGGAGGACGACUAGCCUUUGUUGCUAUGGGUGAUCUCCACUGGCCCACAGAGUGGGCAGGAUUUAAGAACAAGAUGCCUGCAACAACAAGCAUCCUUCACACAGACGACUUUAUUCUAAUCUCACCUGACCCUCUUCUGCCCGCCAGAGGCGUGAAAGAGCUCUUUCGAGGUGGACUUAUCAGACGCAGCAGUGGCAAAGCCACACCGGGCCACACACUGCAAGAACUGUGUUGGAGGAAUAAGUGAGUUUUAUAAAAGGUCAGGCUGAGUCAGCGGAGAAUGUAUUUAUGAGAGCAGACAGUCACAGCUACAUAUUAAGACUCAAGAUAUUAUUUCUCCACUUCAACAACAGGGGCCUCCAGCUUCCUAGUGUCACAUGAAAACGAAACAUAACAGAGCCAUAUCAUCACGGGCAGGUAAACAAACAAACACAAACAUGAGGAAGAAAGAUGCAUAAAUGAAGUUGUUAAAGAUAUGAUGCCCCAAACAGAGGAAAAGUAAAGGAGAAGGAAAAGGAAAGAGGUUGUUAUAUCCCUUUAUUUUUUCUCCUGCAUAAACAUUCCAAAUAAUAAGGCUUAGAGAUUGUGGAGAAAGUAUUUCUACACCAGUCAGGCCUCAGCUAAAGAUCGCACUACUGUGUCAAAUAAAAGGAAAGAUUUGUACACUGUUGAAUUUUUACAAUUUACUUUCUGAACUUGUUGAACACUGUUAAAAAAUCUAUAUGCUGUAUGACCUCAUACUAUUAGAGAUCUCUGAUGUAGCAAGUGUUUACUUCAUCAGAAGUAAAUACAUUUAUCUUUUAUUACAUUUAUGGCCUUCAGAGCAUUUGCUAUGACCUUCAUUUGAGCAGUAAAUGUUUUUCUAUUCCUCAGUGUAUGUAAAUGCAUACACUUCAGUGUUACAUUCAAUACUCUACACAUCACACCUAAGCUGAAUGUGAAAUAAUUGACAUAGCAAUUAAACAAAAACCCAACUGUAGCAUAUAAAUAAUACUGGGUUUUAUAUUUAUUUAUUUAUUUAUUUAUUUAUUCAUUUAUUCAUUUAUUUAUUUAGAAAGUUAUGUUGGUCAACAGAAAGCUGCUGGAAACAGUCCAAAAUGAGAAGAGCCCUUAAACUCCGAUGUUUUACCUGAAAUAAUCCUAAUGAUGAUGUUUUAAAUGAAAUAUUUGUUGAGCAUUUAUUAUAUAACUAAGCUCAUACAGGCCAUCAGGACUGUUUUGCACCAUCCCUUUCUAUAUUACAGACCUAGAAUUCAUACCAGGCACAAAAACACUGACCAUGUACAUUGUAAUGAAGCAUUUUGAUAUUUAAAAAAUAUGUGUAUAAGAAAAGUUGUUAAUUAUCUCACACAGAUGUCCAGGAGAGAUUAUCCUACUAUCAAAUAUGCUUUAUGUAGGUAUAAAUUUAUUAUAACUGUCACUGCAAUUGUUCCAUUUUUCAUUUUAUUCUUGCAAUGCUUACAUAUGUACAUCAGUCAAAUAAAUCAUAAAUAUGGGCUGUUCCUUUUGUGCAUUUUGCUUUAUGCUACAAGUGCACUUCUAGAAGAACUGUGACAGUAUUCAGUUUCACAAACCAUGACCUUUGCUACGAUUGAUGACACGUUUCACAUAACAAGCAAAU